UCACCUGUCCUCUAGCAUGGCCCUUGGAGGAUUUACUCACCAGAAUAUCAUCAUCAUCAGCAAUGAUGAGUUUAGGAAUUAUGUAUCAUUAAAGGCUUUAAAUGAUUCCUUUGACAGUUCAAUGGUGUCUGUUACCUCUUUGAGGGAAAGUUAUCUUCUUUUAACCUCAACUGCCCUAUACCAAAUGCCAGUGAAUGGAUCUCCUAACCUCAGUGUGGUUACCACACUAAAUAAGCCACUGAAGAAGGUGAUACUGCCCAGUCAAACCAGGGCCUACAGCAUACAUGUCUUACUCCUUGGUACUGGCCAAGAAGAGGGAAAGAUAUUCAUAGCACCAUUAAAGAAAAAAUCCGAUGAGUUGGAGUUUUCUGAACUGGUUGACAUGCAUGGUAAGCACCCUUGUGAUAUGUAUCCAACAGCAGACUAUGACAACUGCACUGUGAUAGAUGCCACACUGGCUGCAGACCUGGACAACACCAUCUCUGUACUGUUGUACUUGACAAAAUCACCCAACCAACUUGGCUUCUAUGNCGAUGAGUUGGAGUUUUCUGAACUGGUUGACAUGCAUGGUAAGCACCCUUGUGAUAUGUAUCCAACAGCAGACUAUGACAACUGCACUGUGAUAGAUGCCACACUGGCUGCAGACCUGGACAACACCAUCUCUGUACUGUUGUACUUGACAAAAUCACCCAACCAACUUGGCUUCUAUGCCCUGGUAUCUCUAUCUGCUGCCAGUGCCCUUCAGUAUGAAUGGCAGAGUUUAAUAGAAUUCCCCAAUGAUUUGUCUCGUGCUCAAGAUUAUUCAACCACUUGCCGCUUCCCUGUUAUCAGUUCUGGAGAGGAUUUUGAAAUCCGUCUCACUGGAUUGACUUCUGCUGGCCAUGUCAGCCGCCAUCUUUUUAUGUGGGGAAAUGUCAUUAUACACAGUGUUGAUGGUGGCCAUAGCCUGCAGAUGCUGAAAGGUUUCCCCAUCACCAGUAAUAUCACUUUGCUGACUGUUGCUGAUGAUGGAAGAUUUGCUUUCUUAACAGACUCUGGAGAGAUAUGGUAUGGCACGACUGGGACUAAGACAGUUACUAAACUGUAUCCAAGUCAGCAAUGGGAGGUAGUGAAGUCCCUGCAGCAAACCUCCCAGCAGCAAGGAGUCACGUUUUCACUGUUCUACUCGUAUUUUGGAGAAUUGGUGCAGUUGAUUGCUGUGGAAGAUCAACAGGAUGGAAUUUUGAGAAAAGUUAUCCCAGUUGAUGAUGUGCUGUCACUUAUGGCCUAUGAGAAUGCUGUUAAGGAUGCUCUGAUAGAUCUAGAUGCGCCUGGCCAUAGUGAAGAUGUGGUCAUUCAUAAACACGCCUGUCCUGUAUCAUCCAUCACUUUUGAGAUCCCAGGAUUUCAGAAGUACACAAGAACCGAGAAAUUUUCUUGGACUCCACCAAUGGUGGACAGUACCCUGGAUAUUCACUCCCAGCCAUCCAGGCUGUCAUAUCAAGCUCUGGUUAACAAGUUGUUGAAAAAGAAGCAAAGAUCCGGGUACUUGCUCAAGUAUCGAGAUGAGAUUGCUGAGUGGAAAAGUUCAGGAGAAUUUGCAAUGGGAGAGGACUUUGACCAAUACCUGUAUGUUAACCAUUACUUGAGGCAUGGUAUACAUUUCCGACUAGACCGACAAGGCAAGAUGUAUGAUGAAAAUAUCCCCCAUGAUAUGCUCCCAUCAUUGAUUUACUUAGAGCGCUACCAGACUUUUUCAUUUAAGAUUGAUUUGGCCUUGAAUAUGGAUGAGAUCAAUGGUAUUGUGCACAGUAACUUUGAGAUAAACCAGCUUCACCUGUCUGUUGAGGUGACCAACAGUAGCUUGAUCCAGGUGGAUGCUCAGAGACAGUUCUUCCAUUUCAAUGAUACAGUGCAGUACAGGAUCUCUGUCACAGACCUGGGCAGCAUUCAGGAGCAGCACCCCCCAGGCCACUCCUUGGUCCCCACUACAGUCUUGUUCAGGCUGUGGCAGUCCGACUUUCAGUGCUUUAAACAGGACUGGGAUGGGACUAAGAAAGGAGAGGGCCUCUAUGCCAUCACUGUAGAGUUGGGGUGUCCUCCCAAAGUGUAUUUAGCAUUUGACAUCAAUGCUACACUGGACAAACUGAAGGAGAGCUUGGAGCAACCCUACGACUGCACCACACCAGAUCCAGAUAUGCCUUGUGUCUACUUUAGCAAUGGUUUCCUUCCCUAUUUCCGUGUAGUAGAUCCUGUGAUAGGCAAACACUGGGUUUUUAAAGGGCAAUACACACUGAAAGUAGUAGGAGGGUCAGAGGAGAGCAUAGACAAAAUACAAUUAUUUUCUGAUGAAGAAAUAGCAAAAUAUAACAGUGCAAAGAACACCACAGCCACCCUGAUCUGGGGUCCUAUGGAAGAUAGCAUAGUGGAUGAGGAGGGCUACCCUGUAUAUACACAUCUGACUAAUGGAAUAAGUUUUUUCUGCCAGACCUUCUCUCCUUGUGCCAACAUAAUUCCUGCCUUCAUGCAAUCACCAGAGUACUACUUUCUUGUGGAGAUUUCAAACAAGGGAGUUGAUAUCAAUUCUUCAUAUUGUGAUUUCACAAGUCGCUUCGUCUUGCGUGUACAUGGAAUUCCAAUUGACUUCAGGGUGUCGUUGGCUUUGAUCAUUAGCAGCUUGUUUGGCUUUGUCUUGUACAUCUUCUGCUACUUCAUCUUUACACGUGAUGACCACAGGAUACCUAAGAGUAUUCAAGCUAGAUGGGCUGUAUUCAAAGAAAGGAGCAAGAGAGUCAAGCCUUUAGGCAUAGAUAAAAGACUAAUAUAUGGUAGUGAUCCUCUAGUCACUGCUAGGGAUGAAGGAUCACAGGCAGACAGUUCUAAUCCUUCGUCCUUUUUGUCAGUUAUUUUUCAGUUUGGAAUAGAAGNCCCCCCAGGCCACUCCUUGGUCCCCACUACAGUCUUGUUCAGGCUGUGGCAGUCCGACUUUCAGUGCUUUAAACAGGACUGGGAUGGGACUCAGAAAGGAGAGGGCCUCUAUGCCAUCACUGUAGAGUUGGGGUGUCCUCCCAAAGUGCAUUUAGCAUUUGACAUCAAUGCUACACUGGACAAACUGAAGGAGAGUUUGGAGCAACCCUACGACUGCACCACACCAGAUCCAGAUAUGCCUUGUGUCUACUUCAGCAAUGGUUUCCUUCCCUAUUUCCGUGUAGUAGAUCCUGUGAUAGGCAAACACUGGGUUUUUAAGGGGCAAUACACACUGAAAGUAGUAGGAGGGUCAGAGGAGAGCAUAGACAAAAUACAUUUAUUUUCUGAUGAAGAAAUAGCAAAAUAUAACAGUGCAAAGAACACCACAGCCACCCUGAUCUGGGGUCCUAUGGAAGAUAGCAUAGUGGAUGAGGAGGGCUACCCUGUAUAUACACAUCUGACUAAUGGAAUAAGUUUUUUCUGCCAGACCUUCUCUCCUUGUGCCAACAUAAUUCCUGCCUUCAUGCAAUCACCAGAGUACUACUUUCUUGUGGAGAUUUCAAACAAGGGAGUUGAUAUCAAUUCUUCAUAUUGUGAUUUCACAAGUCGCUUCGUCUUGCGUGUACAUGGAAUUCCAAUUGACUUCAGGGUGUCAUUGGCUUUGAUCAUUAGCAGCUUGUUUGGCUUUGUCUUGUACAUCUUCUGCUACUUCAUCUUUACACGUGAUGACCACAGGAUACCUAAGAGUAUUCAAGCUAGAUGGGCUGUAUUCAAAGAAAGGAGCAAGAGAGUCAAGCCUUUAGGCAUAGAUAAAAGACUAAUAUAUGGUAGUGAUCCUCUAGUCACUGCUAGGGAUGAAGGAUCACAGGCAGACAGUUCUAAUCCUUCGUCCUUUUUGUCAGUUUGGAAUAGGAGAGAGUCAAGUCAGAUGUUGGAGGGGCAAGGCAACAUGUCCACUCCUGAAGUAGUCGUACUUACAGCCUCCAGUGUUGACGGAGCCAUGGCAGAGGUGGAUGGUGAAGUCACCGAUGCCCAGUGCUUGCACCAGGAUGAUGAUACCAUUAGUAAUGCUGCAGCUGAAAAACUGGGCAGCAAUGACUUGGAUUGGGAGGUUACAGAAGAAAUUGAGAUGGAAACAGGGGAUGUUACUCUUUACCAAAGGCCAACUGUGUGAUGACGUCAAUUUUGUACACAAAUUUUCACUUUGCAAACCCUUUUUUCUUCAUGCAGCCAGCAACUUGUACUAAAUACUUUGUUUCAUAAUCUGUUUCCUUUUCAUAUGUCAGGCAAAAAAAUUACCUCUGGUUAGGAAGUAUUUCCCAAAAACUGUGCACUGUAGAGUAAGCACAUUGUCUAAUUUGAUUGCUGUCAGAGGGACUUGUCAGGUGCCAGUGCCUCAGUAGUUAUGUAAACCAUGGCCAACCCAGUAAUUGCCCUUGGAUUUCACCACAGAAAAUUGGAAAUAAGCCAAAGAUGUAACUGAAUAUCAAGUGAAAAAUCAAUCUGUGACCCUGUAG